AUGAGGCGGAGAAUGGCUCUUCUUAUUCAUCUCCUGUCUCCUCACCCCCCCUUGCAACCACUUCACUCCCCUUCACCCCCCCUUUCUCCCCCACUCCUACCCAUUCCCCCCUCAACACCCCCUUCUCCCCACCACUCUUUCCCAUCCAACCCUGACCUUCCCUCCUCCAAACCCCCAGAGACCAGGACGACUACGAGGUGGUGCUCAAGAGACCAGGACGACUACGAGGUGGUGCUCAAGGUGGGGCGCGACCAGGACGACUACGAGGUGGUGCGCAAGGUGGGGCGGGGCAAGUACAGCGAGGUGUUUGAGGGGGUCAACGCGGUCAACAGCGAGAAGUGCAUCAUCAAGAUCCUCAAACCCGUCAAGAAGAAGAAGAUCAAGCGAGAAAUCAAGAUUCUGCAAAACCUGUGCGGCGGUCCCAACAUCAUCCGUCUGCUGGACAUUGUGCGCGACCCGCAGAGCAAGACGCCGUCGCUCAUCUUUGAGUUUGUGAACAACACCGACUUCAAAGUGCUCUACCCCACGCUCUCUGAUUACGACAUCCGCUACUACAUCUACGAGCUGCUUAAGGCUCUCGACUUCUGCCAUUCACAGGGCAUCAUGCAUCGGGACGUGAAGCCGCACAACGUGAUGAUCGACCACGAGCAGAGGAAGCUGAGGCUGAUCGACUGGGGCCUGGCGGAGUUCUACCACCCCAACAAGGAGUACAAUGUUCGCGUGGCGUCCAGGUACUUCAAGGGCCCCGAGCUCCUAGUGGACCUGCAGGACUACGACUACUCGCUCGACAUGUGGAGUCUGGGCUGCAUGUUCGCUGGCAUGAUAUUCCGCAAGGAGCCCUUCUUCUACGGCCACGACAACUACGACCAGCUCGUCAAAAUCGCCAAGGUGCUGGGAACGGACGAGUUGAACAGCUAUCUGGGCAAGUACAGCAUCAUGCUGGACCCGCAUCUCGAGGCGCUGGUGGGGCGGCACAGCCGCAAGCCGUGGUCCAAGUUUGUCAACAGUGACAACCAGCACCUUGUCUCGCCCGAGGCGGUGGACUUUCUGGACAAGCUGCUGCGGUACGACCACCAGGACCGACUCACAGCCCGAGAGGCCAUGGCCCAUCCGUAUUUCUACCCUAUCAUGCGCGCCUCCAGCCCGCCCGCGCACUCUUUUUUUCCUGCGCCCGCGUAUUUGCUCGCACUUGCCGUGAGCUGUUGGGUUGGGGGGAUUGGCAGCAACGUCUCGCGCCAGUGCUGCAUCCGCACGCGGGUUUUCGUUCCGCACGCUCCUCCUUCCCCUCCCCAGCAACCCAUCCCCCAACUUCCCAGCUUUUGCCGACCUUCUAGAUUCUACCAUACCACACCUGCGUGUAAUUUCUUCAUUUCUGUCGGGUUCACAACGCGAAUCGCCGUCAAUCGCGAGCUAGUUAUGGCUGCUCCUGCCGCCUCUCUGAGCGCAUCGCAGCAUCUUUGCCGCAUCAACGUCUCUACUCCGACUGCGGUAGCCAGCUGUAACGUGCGCGAACUUAGGGCUGCGCCAGUGCGCGGGAAGGCGCUGAAGGCGAGUGCGCGCGGAAGCGAUCUGCGGAAGGCAGCAAUAGCGGGAAGGAGCGCGCGACUGGGGUGCCGUGCCAUGGCGAGCGAGGGCGGUUCCGCCACAGCCGUUUCGGCGCCCUCCACGGCCACGCAGCUUCCCGACCUCAUGACCGAGUUCAUGGUGGACAUGUCGUGCCAGAGCUGCGUCAAGAACGUGCGGGGGAAGCUGGAGCCUCUGGAAGGCGUCAAGCUGGUGGACAUCAGUCUCGAGUCGCAGGUGGUGCGCGUGUUGGGGAGUGCCACGCUAGCCCAGCUGGAGGAGGCGUUGAAGAAGAGCGGCCGCAAGGCGCGGCUGAUCGGCCAGGGGGACCCUUCGCAGCUGGCCCUCACAGCAGCAGUGGCGGAGUUCAAGGGGCCGGUGAUCCACGGUGUAGUGCGGUUCGCCCAGGCGAGCAUAGAGGAGGUGUGGGUGGAGGCGCAGUUUGAUGGCCUCUCCCCCUCCACCGCCCAUGCGUGGGCUGUCAACGAGUAUGGAGACCUCACGCGCGGCGCUGACAGCACCGGCAGGUGCUAUCCCGGGGAGGCGCCAUCUGCUGCUGCUGCUGAUGGGCCCGCGGGUGACUUGGGAGUUCUGAACACAGACGACAAGGGCCAUGCCGCGUAUGCAGCGCCCAGCACGCGCCUCAAGGUGUGGGACCUGAUAGGCCGGGCCGUGGCGGUGUAUGACGGGGCUGACAGGGCCAGCAGCAAGGGGCUGGCGGCAGCAGUGAUCGCGCGCAGUGCAGGUGUGGGGCAGAACUACAAGUCGCUGUGCUCCUGUGAUGGCACCAUCAUCUGGGAGGCCACUCCCAGUGACUAUGUUCAGCAGAAGUAG